GGGAAAGCUUUUACCCGACAUCGACUUUGUAAGCAACAUGAAAGAAUUCACACUGGAGAGAAACCAUAUGUAUGUAAGCAAUGUGGGAAAGGUUUCACACAACAUGGAACUUGUAAGCAACAUGAAAGAAUUCACACUGGUGAGAAACCAUAUGUAUGUAAGCAAUGUGGGAAAGCUUUUACCCGACAUGGACUUUGUAAGCAACAUGAAAGAAUUCACACUGGAGAGAAACCAUAUGUAUGUAAGCAAUGUGGGAAAGCUUUUAACACAUGGGGAAUUUUUAAGAAUCAUGAAAGAAUUCACACUGGAGAGAAACCCUAUGUAUGUAAGCAAUGUGGGAAAGGUUUUACCCGACGUGAAAAUUGUAAGCAACAUGAAAGUAUUCACACUGAAGGGAAACCAUAUUUAUGUGAGCAAUGUGGGAAAGCUUUUAACACACGUGCGCAUUGUAAGGUUCAUGAAAGAAUUCACACUGGAGAGAAACCAUAUGUAUGUAAGCAAUGUGGGAAAGCUUUUAACACAUGGACAAAUUGUAAAAUACAUGAAAGAAUUCACACUGGAGAGAAACCCUAUGUAUGUAAGCAAUGUGGGAAAGCUUUUAACACAUGGGGAGAUUUUAAGAAACAUGAAAGAAUUCACACUGGAGAGAAACCCUAUGCAUGUAAGGAAUGUGGGAAAGCUUUUAGCACACAGGGAAAUUGCCGCAUGACCGCCACGCAUGGUGAACUAGCGGUGGCUCCCAACAUGGGGCCAUGCAUGCCUUUCCUGUGCCAAGACCAGCUGACUAUGUUAUAA